CUCUUAAGUGGCGGCCACGGGGCGCCGGCGCCAUCCUCGGCAUGCAGGUGGUGGUAGGCGGUAUCUGGGGAGCAGUGUUGCUCCUCUCCCUCUCAGCAGGUCAAGGCCAGUGUGUCAGGGAUGAGGUGUCUGGCAUCAUAACCACCAAGAAUGCUGCACAUGACCUCAUUCCGGUUGUGGACACAAGCAACACAACUCGUGUAGUAUAUGAUUUGUUUCUUAGCAAGUUCUCGAGAGGCAAUAAUCAUUCAUUGCGAGGACCAUCUCCAGACCCUCUGCUUGGGGGUCGAGCCAGGCUCCUACAGCAGGCUCAAACCUUCUUGUUCAAGAGGUCCGUCCGGACACCCUCGCAGCCAGGGGCACUGGACGCGACCAUCGACGCCACUGUGGAGGUGGUGACCAGGUACCUGGCCCACUGUGUGCUGGAGAUAAGCGCCGCUGCUGACCCGGCCGUGGAGACACUGCUCACUAGAAUGAGGCAGGCACUGGUGCCCGGUCUUGUCUUAGUGCCGUCAGCUGCUCUGAUCAACACCACGGGCGAGGACAACAGUGCUCCGGGCGUGGUGAGCGCCUGUGCGGUCCACGUGCUGCUGCUGCUGGAACCCGAGAUUGGAAGGUCUAGAGGUUCUAUGAGGCCUGAUGGGGUUGGUGAUGGCGUCCAGGAGGUGCUCCAGGUCCUGCGUCAGACCCACCUCAGCGGCCCACGCCGCUACGUGUUAAUCCUCGCUCCGUACGCCACCAACGCCGCAGACACCAAGUGUCUCCUGCUGGAGCUGCCCCUGCCCCGAGGCGUCCAAGUAUUCCUCCUGCUGCCACAGUCCCUCCACACAGGUGUGCGGGUGGAGGUGGGCGUGUACCAGCGGUGUCAGUACUGUGUGGGCGGGGGUGUGGGCGUGGUGCUGACGACCAGGUGGGUGCCAGGUGGCACCUCACGGCUCCAGCAUCUUUUCGACGACCAUCUAAGGGACUUCCAUGGACACGUCUUCCAUGCUGUCACCAUGGACUUCCCUCCCUUCAUCGACUACGAAAGGACCCAGGUCGCUCCGGGGGGAGUCACGCGACCCAAGGACUCCAUGGACAUACGCAUCCUGCAGGAGGCUGCCACACUUCUCAACUUCUCCUUCCAGUUAAGGGAACCUGCUGACGGCGUGUGGGGGUACCUCUUAGAGAACGGGUCGUGGACGGGGACUGUAGGGACGGUGGAGCGUCAGGAGGCGGACUUCUCCAUGAUGCUCUCCAUAACCUGGGAGAGGUCCUACGUUGUCAGCUUCACCCGGGCCUACUGCAUCGAGCCCAUGACCUUCGUGAUGAGGAAACCCGGCUCGCUGCCUCAGUGGCAGGCGCCUAUCAAGCCUUUUCAUUGGUUGGUGUGGGCAGUGAUGGUGGCGAGUGUGGUGUUGUCUGGACCAGGCCUCUGGCUGCUCCUCCGCCUCUCUCCCUCCCCUCUCCCUCUUCCUCUCCCACGCGAGAGAAGUCAUGAGGGAGAGGGAGGAGGUGGGAUACCAACCUUCAGGAGGGUCAACACCUCGCGGCUGGGCCUCGGGGCGCUCUGCCUCUACAUGCUGGCGCCCUUCCUCUCCGCCUCCGCCCCUCUCUACCCCACGUCACUGAGCAGCCGGAUGUGGUGCGGCUUGUGGUGGUUCUUCUGCAUCCUGACCACCACACUGUACCGGGGCAUCCUCAUCUCCCACCUGACGGUGCCCGCCCUCAGCCCCGCCCUGGACACCCUCGAGCAGCUGGCCUCCAGCCUCCUGCAGUGGGGCAUGCUCAACACGUAUGACUCCGGCUACCAGCUCUUCCGCUCCUCCGAGGUGCCGGUCUACCAAGCAUUGUUCCGGAAGAUGCAGUACCACGAUGUGAAGGCGUCUAUGGAGCGCGUAAUGGAAGGUAACUACGCCUUCAUCUCUUGGAAGACCUACUUCAGGAACCUUAUCGCCCGCGACUACUCCGACCGCAACGGGGCAUCUAAGGUAUACAUUGCUCGCGAGGAAUUCUUCCCCGGUGGAUUCGGGUGGGCGUUCCCCAAACACUCGCCGUACUUGCCCGCUUUCGACCAGGUGUUCCAGCGGCUGAUAGAGUCGGGACUGGUCGACAAGUGGAUGGAGGACCUGAUCCAGCUGUCUGCCUCUGAGAACCGGGAGAAGCCCAAGCUGCUGGAGCCGGAGGUGAAGGGCCCGCAACCCUUCACCGUCUACCACCUGCAGGGGAUCUUCUUCAUCAUGCUCGGAGGGUACAUGCUAGCGCUGCUCUCCUUCCUGGGGGAGGCGCUGCUGGGGCGGCUUUUGGUGCUUUCUUAAUCCCAAGCCUCUACCACAGUGAGACAGCCCUGCCACCUCUACGAAGGUCAGGGCAGCUGACCUACUAUUUCUCCAGCUUUGAGGUCAGGGUAUUUACGUGUUUAAUUUAACAUUAUGUAAUGACUGAUUCCCUCACUGGUUGAGGAGACCGAUCCCCCAAUGCUGUAAUGUUGCCUUAUAAAUACUAUGAUUUAAAUUAUUGUUCAUUCUUACAAAAAAUUCAGCUAAUCUUCAGAUAUAAAAGAGACGCGUUGAUGAACAA